AUGUCGGGAAUAAAUUCUUUCAACCCAAAAUCGUCACUUGGAAAAAUCGGAUAUCAGAGACAUAGUAAAGAAAUGAAGCCAAUAAGAAUCAUGGUGUUGGGUCACACGGGAGUUGGAAAAACGGCUUCAGUUGUAAGAUUCAUAACACGCCGUUUUAUUGGAGAUUAUGAUACUAAAGAACACUUCUACACGUUUAAUUCUACGAUUGAUAAUGAAGUCAUAAGUUUUGAAGUAUUGGAUUCUAUUGGUCUUUUGGAAAGCGAAACAGUCGCAAGCACUUUUGAAACAAACAUUCGGUGGGCAGAAGCUUUUAUUUUGAUGUACAGCGUCACCGAUAAAUGUAGUUUUGAAGAAGUGAAUCGCUUUAAAUUCCUUAUAAACUACAACAAACGACGAAGGAAGUUAUGUAAGGAUGAUAUUAUGGACGUCCCUGUUGUUUUAGUAGCAAACAAAACAGAUCAGUUUUACGACCGCAUGGUAACGCCUGAAGAAGGUCUAAAAAGGUCGCAAGAAAUUGGUUGUGCCUGUUUCCAUGAGAUUUCUGUUCGGGAAAGUGUUGACGAAGUUAAAGAAGUCUUUCGUGACGUAUGCAGAUUUUGGAGAUUCAAUUCAAGAUUUCCGAAGCUUAAAAGAUCAAAGAGUGACAGCAUAAGAUUGUCGAUGACUAUUCAUUCUGAUAUGGAUCCUGAAAAAAUAAUUUCGUUGUGUUGUGAUUUACAAGAUGAGAAAAGACGAUCAAUUUUACUGUUUGGCAGAACUCGCUCUUCAUGGCAACAUGAUGAUGAACAAGACGAUGUACUCGAUGAGUUAGAACCUCGAAUUAGAUUUGAUGAACCUUUUAGAUCAAGAGCUAAAACCGAUGGAAAUUUAUUAAUCAAUCGAGCGAAAAAAUGGAGAAUUCCAUCACCAAUUUUGUCGCCUCCAACUAUUCAAAUCAUGCCCUUAUGUCACAUCGUCAAACGGCGAAAUUCAAUUUCUAUGCGUGGCCAUAAGUCAAGAGAAACUUCUUCAAAUGAAGCAACAAGUUCUGAAAAAAGUGUUCAUUCGGCAAACAACGAUGAAAUAUAUGUUAUGCCAAUAACCGAAAUAAUCAGGCCAUUACAACCGAUUUUAGAUGAGAAGAAAGUGGAUUCGAUUGCCGAUAUUUUAAAGAAUAAGGUUGAAGAUAUUCCUCCUAUUGACGUUCUUUGGAUCGAAGGUAGUGAAGGUGGAAAUUAUUUUUACUCAUUUGGUGGAUGUCAUCGUUAUGCAGCACAUAAAAAAAUUGGAGAAGCGGAAAUUCGAGUAAAACUAGUAAAAUCAACCUUAAGUGACCUACAAGUAUAUCUUGGUUCAAGUUGUCCAAAAACACUGAAAUAAAUAAAAUAAUAAAUGUUGAUGUUCCACCCU